AGCCAUCACUGACGACAGUGAAGUGUAGACCAUAGAGUAGUACGGGAGCAGCUAUCUCUGUUUGAGUUUUCCUUUUCUUCCUUCGCUGGAUCGAUCGAUCUAUCUGGUGCUCGGAUCCCUUGUCGGAGACGACGAUCGGAAGCAGAUCGGCGAGGAUGGUGAACACGACUGCAGCUAUGAUGAGCGUCGGCAGGAGCGGCGGCCUUCCGCUGGCGUCGCUGAACCACAUCAGCAUCGUGUGCAGAUCCGUGGAGGCGUCGCUCGACUUCUACAUGAACGUCCUCGGCUUCACCCCCGUCCGUCGCCCCGGGUCUUUCAACUUCGAUGGUGCAUGGCUGUUCAACUACGGGAUUGGCAUCCACCUGCUGCAGUCGGAGGACCCCGAUAGUUUACCGGAGAAGACAGAGAUCAACCCAAAGGAUAACCACAUCUCUUUUCAGUGCGAGAGCAUGCCGGCGGUGGAGCGGCGGCUCAAGGAGCUGGACAUCCCCUACAUCAAGCGGUGCGUGGAGGAAGGCGGCAUCUUCGUGGACCAGAUCUUCUUCCACGACCCCGACGGCUUCAUGAUAGAGAUCUGCAACUGCGACAACCUCCCCGUCAUCCCGCUCGGCGACCACACCUUCGCCAUGGCUUCCUGCAAGAGGGCCGUCGCCGCCAAGCAACAACCGCUGACGCCGGUGCCGGCGCAAGCUGCUCCUCCAGCGACGGCAGCCCAGUGCGUGCCGUCGGCCAACAAGGCCAUGCCGCGCGUCGCCGGAGAUGAGGCGGCGGCGCACAUCUCGUGCGCGUGAAUGGACGGACUAGCUAUGCGGCGCCACGCGACUUCCACGCUCGGGCGUUUCCAUUGCCAUCCCCACCCGGCCCUGCCGUGCCUCUGCCGCCCGUGUCCGAUCGGACGGCGCAGAGUGUGGUCGCGCUGCAGACCGUUACACUGGACGGUGCGAUAUCUAGGAUUCUUACGGAGAUGGAAUGAUGCAGCGUCGAACGGGCGUGUGGGUAAAGCUUGGAGCCUCGGCUGAGAAUAUUCUCGUGGCGUUUGUAUAGUACACCCUACGUAGUAAGCAAUGUAGUUUGGUAUUACUACUUCUUUUCGUUCCUGCACGUACGAAUAAUAUCAAGGUGUUAUCGUGAA